CAGGUUGUCUCAGGUGUUUGAGCCACACACCUUUUGCUUCCUUGGUGGCAGCAGUGUUGGUUAUAGCUGGAGCUGGGGCCUUUUGUGGUACCUCUUUUAGGUCUCUGCAGAUUAUCAUUGAUGGAGUGUUCAAGGAGUUGUUUGGUUUCACUGUCAACUGGCUGGAAAUUCUACAGAAAAUGUUGAUUGUUAUUGGAGCCAUUAUGGCGGUGUUUGCAAUAAUUCUACUUAUUUUUGGAUUCUUGGCAACUGGAGCCACUAGGAGUAAUAUAUACUCAGGAGCCAAAUGUAUUAUGGGUGGAAGAAUAACUGCUGCAUUUUUUAUGGUCCUGUCGUAUUUACUGGCCAUUGGCUGGCUGGCUCUGUUUUCCGUCUGCGUGAUUCCUGUACUAGUCUACGUUGCUGUGACGGCCAUCUGCACAAAUGAGAUAUACAGUCAGUCCGCUGAGGAGUUGACCAAUAUGAAAUACUGCUUUAACUUAACCAGAUUUGGCUUGUAUAGUAUGGAGACAGGGUCAGAUCAUGUAUGUGGUUAUAGCAAGCUUCGCUCUAUGUGUAACAAGGUAGCAGAAGCAGGCCCAUUGUUCUGUGUGUCUUUUGGAGGAACGGCGCUAGUUGUUCUUGGUUUGAUACAUUUCCUUGUGACUCUAGCAGCCAACUACACCCGCAUCAAAAUAUCGAAGGAACUGACAGAGUAUAGAGAUGCUAUAGAAACAGAAGAACUAGAAUUACAUUCCUCAGAAAAGAAAGGCCCGCCUCCUUAUCGGGAAGAAUCAACUGUUUAA